GUCACAGUCACUCACUGUCUUUGUCUCUUUCAUUAUUAAUCCCUUGGUUUUGUUGGUUUCUUUCUCCUCUCAUAUUAACAGAACCCCUAAACAUUCACUUUCGUUUUAGUUUAGUCCCUUUGUAAAGGUGCUUUUUCACUUUCAUUUUAUUAUUAUUAUUAUGGAAAUGGCUAAAAGGGCAUGUAAGACGACGGUAAAUUGGGUUGAUGAUGAGGAGGAGGAGGAGCAGAGAGAAGAGAGGAUGGUGAAGAUAAGGGUAGUGCCUCGAGAGAGAUAUGAGAGGAUGAAUACUUUCAUACACUACUCUAACUCUGCUGCCAUCUCCGGCGGCGGCGGUGGUUGUCAAGCUGAUGAAUGUGGUGCCGAUUUGAAAGAUGCAAAGCAAUAUCAUCGGCGGCAUAAAGUCUGUGAGCCACAUGCCAAGGAUGCUUUCGUUUUGGUCAAAGGCAUUCGCCAAAGGUUUUGCCAGCAGUGUAGCAGAUUUCAUGAAAUAUCAAAGUUCGAUGGUACCAAAAGGAGUUGCCGGGAUCGGUUGGCCGGACAUAAUUUGCGGCGGAGGAAGGUGGUGCAGUCAGACCAAGAAGCGGAGAACGAUAAUAGUAAUAAUAAGAAUAAAGCAUCCUAUGGAAAGGGAACUGACACUCCAAUGUUGCAGCAAUGGUACCAAGAAUUUACCAACUAGAUAACUACAAAAUUCUGUCAUCUUUUUUUGUUUUAGACACCUUGGGUCGGUUGUUUUUCAAUUGGGUCCUUUGUAUUUAUUGCUUGCUAAAACCAAUUUCUUGUAUGUUAUUUAUAAUCCAAAAUUUUACUACCAUUUUGUUUUUCU